CACGGAGAGAACAUCGCUCUCGAUCCCAUCGUCAGUCUUCAACCCCACACGAUGUCGUCAGCGCGGUUAUCACCCACGGCGAAUCUUCUACGGAGGAGUCGUCUGUUUGCACUUCCGCAAACAUUGACACCUCCUCAGGAACCGCCGACCUCCAGGGUGACCUACACGUCCGAAACGGCCACCCUCCCCCAUCCGAUUCGAGCCUCCAUUGCCAGCCCUCGGUCCUCGUUGGCAAGAGGAGACUGGGGUUUGAAACGACCUCUGCCUGCCAAGAGCACAUCCGCGCAAGCUAGGCGGCCUAUCGUUCGAAUCCUCGAACACGAUACCUACGAACAUGUCACCGAUUUCGAGUCUGCCUCCGACCACACGGUGACCUUGGAGAAAUUCCAAGAACUCCACAUGCCCAUGUCGCUCCCGACUAAGGUCAACUACGCCACGAGCAUCGUCCCCAGACACCAGAGUCCCUUCGAGACACACCUCGACAACACGAACACGAGUGCUGGUCUGGAUCAGCCCGGAGCCCGGCAAUACAAACAUUCAGGACCGUGGCUUGCUGGACUGUCGGAGGCGGAAUUCCACGCGUACCUGAAGAAGGUGCAACGGGGUCGCCCUGCGAUCAUGCACAAGCUUCGCGAGCAACUCGUUGCCAAGCGGACCGCCGAGCGCAAGAAGCAAGCCCAGGACAACGGCGAGGAUCUGCAAGCCCUGAGCCCCGUCCAGGUGACCGACGAGGAGUUCCAGGUCUAUCUGAAGAAGCUCCGCGCGGACCCGUUCGCGUUGGGCCCCGUGGUCUUCGAAUUGCUGGACCUCCCGUCUUCCCCGGCGGUCCCCAGUGACCGCAUCGGCCAGAAGUACUUCCAGUCUCCCGGCACCAAGCUCCCAUCGGCCGAGUACGCCGUGACCGGUCCCCCGCGCACCCACCCCUCCGCCGGUCUCUCCUACUCGCGAUCGCACGCUUUGCUCUACAACCACCCUAAGUUCGGGCCUCAGACCUACCAGCGCCCCGUCGAGGCGCGUAUCCUGCGCCCGAAGGGCCGCUUCAAGGGCAAGACCGCCAAGGCCAUCGCCGGUGUGGGUGGUAUCGCCGUGGAAGACCUCAACGCCAUGACCUUCGUGGAGCAAGGCUCGCCUCCCGGCCUGGCCGCCUUCGACGCCACGAUCCCCGGCGGUGCCAAAUACUACGUGACGCCCAUCCGGGCCUCGAUCAACUCCGAGGGCCGCAUCAACCUGGCGUCCUACCGGGCCAGCGCCUCCGCCAAGGCGCCCCACGGUCUCGAAGACUACAGGAAGCCGAACACCCUGAAGAUCGCGGACUACGCUCGCGGAUACCAGCGAACGGUCCCCCGGCUGGACAGGGGCAUGCGCCGCAAUACCUCGGCUCCGGGCCCCGAAUCGCAGGGCUCCACCGAGGACAUCGCACGGAACUUGAUGAAGACGUUGAGCUCGUAGAAUGGUUGAAAUCUCAACUCUCCAUAGACCCGGGUAUCAUAUAUACAGUAUCAAUAAAACGCCACACAACCUUCCCAAAUCCCAACCAAUAUGCAAAC